AUGAGUGCCGGUGGUGAACAGAUAGACAAUACUCAAGAUAGAACUGUCACCGUCAUUCAAAAUGGUAACACAUUGCAAAAUGAAUCUCUUCUGAGUCUAAUCAAUUCACAGAACUUCUCACUCUAUAACUGCAUCGAAUUGCUCUGUCAACACGCCGACAAUAUCGGUAUCCAUUACCAUCUUUGUCAAAAGUUACUCACUUUCCCUCACAGCGAAUUGCAAUUCUAUAUCCCACAACUUGUUCAGAUCUUACUUACAGUGGAAACUGAAUCAGUGGCAUUGGAAGAUUUACUUUUGAAAUUGAAGAAUGAAAACCCUCAUUUCGCUUUACUCACGUUCUGGCAAUUACAAGCUCUUUUGACUGAUCUUUCCACAGAUCCAGAAUCCUACGGGUUCCAAGUGGCGAGAAGAGUUCUAAAUGAUCUACAAUCAUCAUUGUUUAGUACUAACAUCAUAGAAAAGGAAAUAAAGAGUGUGAAAAUGCAUGAAAAUGUAGCUCCAGCUCUCAUAUUGACUUCAAUGAUGAUGGCAAGUAUAGCCCUUCCUCAAAUGAGUGUUUCGACAAAACCAUUGGUAGAAUCGCAAGGUAAAAGACAAAAGGCAUAUGUCUUUAAAUUGGCUAGAAAUGCAAUGAAGGACUUUACUAAAAAUAUCACGUUGAAAAAUACGCUACUAAAUAAAAAAUCUUCAAAGAAUAAGAGACAGUCAAGUGGCCCAAGUGCAUACUCAAUGCCUGCAUCACCGGUUGACCUCGUUGAAGGUACCAUGACAAGAGAGGAUGCUCUAUUUAGAAAACCAAAACAAAAGACAGAAUUCGAACGUUCAUUAGAUCUCGAUAUUAUAGAUCAUAUAGGAAAACAAGUCUUUGAGGAUAAAAUAUCUUCGUCUAUUAAGUUACCAAAGAGAAAGCCUAAAAUGCUUGAUAACUCGUCCGUUCAUAGAACUUAUGAGGAUAAACUUAUCGACAAGGACAAUUCACAUAUACCAACUUCACAAUACUUAGAUAGCUAUCACCAGAGUGAAGACAGUAGUGUAAUAAAUACCCGCCCGAAUAGUGAUGAUGAUUUAGAAGAUGUCGAAAACAAUAUCUUAUUUUCUGAAGCUCAUGAAAAAUAUACAAAUUCAAUGCCUGAUUUGCAUACAACUGUACCAAUGCAUUCAAACACAUCCGAGGAAAAGUCAAAACCGUUCCUAUCACGCUCUCAUACACAUAGUGUCCUUCAUUCUUUACCAAAGAUCCCAAGCCAAUUGCCAAAGGAAGUCGAUGUAAGUAACAUUCCAACUACCAGAAAAAUUAAAAUGUUAAAAGCUAAUUACUUCCGUUGCGAGACACAAUUUGCAAUUGCGUUGGAGUCAAUCUCUCAAAGAUUAGCCCAAGUCCCAACUGAGGCUAGAUUGAGUGCAUUGCGUGCCGAAUUAUCUUUGAUGAACAGAGAUCUACCAGCAGAAGUAGAUAUUCCAACACUUCUUCCGCCAAAUAAGAAGGGAAAAUUACAUAGAAUUGUACAACUGACAGCUAGUGAAGCACAGGUGCUGAAUUCUGCAGAGAAAGUUCCUUAUCUUCUAUUAAUUGAAUACUUGAGUGACGAUUUUGAUUUUGAUCCUACUGUUGAAGAUAAUAUAGACACAUUAAGGAAAAGUAACUUUUCUAAGGGCUAUCCAUUGUUUGAUUUGAAUUACUUGAGUAAGAAGAAAAAUAAUGAGGAUAUCUCAAGGCUAACUGAAUUGGCUGGAAUUAAUGAUGCUUCAAAUGAUAACUCAACCAGGACCUUUUCGAACCAAGACUCAAGCCGUUCAGUCCAUGCAUCUGAUGCACAAAAGGAAAUGGAUUUAGGUGAUAUGUCUAUUGUUCGUGUCAAGAAUCAAAGUGAUGUAGAGGCUUAUAGAACAUCAGUUGUCUUACAAAAGGCAGCACAAGUCCCAAUAAUACCUUCAAACUCCUUCGACAGGAAUCCUGAGUUGAGGUUUGCUCCAAAUAUGGAUAAGUUAGUGUCCACAGAUGAAAGGAAGUCCAUGCAAAGAAUCUCAUACAAUAAGACGGAUGAGCUGGCAGACCAAAUGCGUAUUUCUGCAUUAAUGCUUGCCCAAUUAGACGCUUCCCCACAAGAACUUUCAGGCUCAACUAGCGAAAUUCGUGCUCAAAUUAUCAAGUCGAUGAAGGAUGUCCAAGAUAAGUUCGGUUACCAUGAUUUAGAAUUAAUUCACGGGACUGCAGGUGAGCGUAAAUUAGAAAACGAUUUAAUGACAGGGGGUAUCGAUACAUCAUAUUUAGGAGAAGACUGGAUUACCAAAAAAGAAAGAAUUCGUAACACCUCGGAAUUCGGGCAUUUGGAAAACUGGGAUUUAUGUUCUGUUAUUGCAAAAUCUGGUGAUGAUUUAAGACAAGAAGCAUUUGCUUGUCAAUUGAUUCAAGCGAUGGCAAAUAUAUGGGCCAAAGAAAAAGUUGAUAUUUGGGUUAAAAAGAUGAGAAUAUUAAUUACAAGUGCUACUACUGGUUUAGUGGAGACAAUUACAAACGCCAUAUCUGUACAUAGUAUAAAGAAGUCGUUGACUAAAAAAAUGAUAGAAGACGGUGAUAUUGAUGAAAAAAGUGGCUAUAUUGCAAGUAUACGUGAUCAUUUUUCGCGUACAUUUGGUGAUCCAAAUUCUUUCAAAUACAGGAGAGCACAGGACAAUUUUGCAUGCUCAUUAGCUGCAUAUUCCAUAAUUUGUUACAUUCUAAGGGUUAAAGAUAGACAUAAUGGUAAUAUUAUGAUUGACAAUGAAGGUCAUGUUGUACAUAUCGAUUUUGGUUUCAUGUUGUCGAACUCACCAGGUUCUGUUGGUUUUGAAGCCGCACCAUUCAAAUUGACCUAUGAAUAUAUUGACUUAUUAGGUGGUCUUGAUGGUGAGCUAUACAAAAAAUUCAAGAGUUUAACCAUUGAGGGCUUUAAGGCAUUAAGAAGACACUCAAGUCAAAUUAUUUCAAUGUGUGAAAUUAUGCAAAAGGAUAACAUGCAACCUUGUUUUGAGGCAGGCGAUCAAACAAGUGUUCAAUUAAGACAAAGAUUCCAUUUAGACUUAAAGGAAGAAGAUGUUGACGACUUUGUUGAAACUUUCUUAAUUGGCAAGUCAGUUGGAAGUAUGUAUACUAGAUUGUAUGAUCAAUUCCAAUUGAUCACACAAGGUAUUUAUAGUUAG